CUUGUUUGGCAGGAUAUGAGGCUGACUAUUUAUAUGACUGGACAAUUUUAAAAUAUCAGGAGAUUCAACAGGCAAAGGAACAAAAUCUAUCAAUUGUAAUGUUUGUGCCUACUAUCAAAGGACAAGGAACGGAUGAGCAGCAGGAAAAGUGGUUGCCUCUGGCUAAUAAUAUGCAAAUAAUUGGUUGUUAUGCCCAAACCGAACUUGGUCAUGGAUCCAAUGUUCAAGGCCUAGAAACAACUGCAACAUUUGAUCCAAAAACAGACGAGUUCAUUAUUCACAGCCGCACUUUGGCUUCCAGCAAAUGGUGGACUGGUGGGUUGGGUAAAAUAUCAACGCAUGCUAUUGUUUAUGCCCGUCUUAUUACUGAUGGUCAUGACCAUGGAGUGCACAGUUUCAUUGUCCAGCUCCGGAGCUUGGAUGAUCACUUGCCUCUUCCAGGCAUAACUGUUGGAGAUAUUGGAAUGAAAUUUGGAAAUGCAGCAUAUAACUCCAUGGAUAAUGGAGUUCUACGUUUUGACCACGUACGAAUUCCAAGGAAUCAAAUGUUAAUGAGGGUUUCACAGGUCACCAGAGAAGGAAAAUUUAUACAUUCCGGUGUUCCAAGACAGUUAAUUUAUGGAACUAUGUUAUAUGUGAGGCAGGCAACUGUAGCUGAUGCAUCAACUGCUUUGUCACGAGCAGUUUGUAUUGCUACCAGAUAUAGUGCUGUUCGAGGACAGUUUGGAUCUCAAAAGGGUGGUCCUGAAACACAGGUGAUUGAUUACAAAACACAGCAGGCUAGACUCUUCCCAUUGCUAGCUUCUGCAUAUGCUUUCAGAUUUGUUAGUGUGUGGCUGAAAUGGCUUUACACGGAUGUGACUCAAAAAUUACAAGCUAAUGAUUUUUCAACAUUGCCCGAGGCCCAUGCAUGCAUUGCAGGGUUGAAAUCCUUGACUACUUCCGUAACUGCUGUAUGUUACUACUUAAUAGCUGUUUAAUUUAAUCGUUUCUUUAGCUUCUUCAGAUUGCAUUUAAAACACGGUUAUACGGUUUACUCAUAUUUGGGAUUUUCUUUCUGUUGUUCUAUCCUUUAGUGAGGUUCCAUAAGUUUUAUGACAGGUCUCCUCCCUUAAUCUAUUUCUAAAUGUUGAAACUCAUAUCCUCAUUUCUAUAGUGCUACCUUAUGCGGUUCAUUUUGUUAA